AUCAUUACUGCUAUCAGCCUUACUGGACGACCGGGUACCUGAAGCUGGUAGCUCGCUCUGAUCGUCAGUUGUUCACAGAGAAUCUUACCACGCCGGCUGACUGGGAGGAGCAUUUCUUGUUCGUUCGGGUAGGUGAUUCUCUGCCAUUCCCGGAUAGGUGGAACGCAUACCCUGUUCGGGAUUCUCAGCCCAGGGUGGACGCCGUUCUACGCUCCCAAGCGGAGUCUUUGCGGAUGGGAGGAACCCGAAGUCUCCGGAGUUUUGUCACUACUUCAAGCAUGUUAUCUGUCGGAAUUGGUGUCAUAUCCCCCAUACCCUUCCGGCGUUCUAUCUCUUCUGCUACCCUGACGGCUUCUUCUGGUAAAGGCAAGGAGAAGAUGAUAGCCGAUCGUGCCUCUGCGGAGCAAAUCCGAAAGAAGCGCAAGGGGAAUGAUGGUGACCAAUUGAUCCCGAUCGACCACGUGGUUGAUUUGACCGGGCCGGAGGUUGAACCCAAAAGAUCGGUGCCUGCCAAAACAUCAACUCCGGCUCUUACUGACGCACCGAUCGAUGAUCGGAUGUUUGUUGAAUUUUCAAACAUGGGGCCCAGAUCAGAAGGGAGGUAUCUGUUCGGGCUGAUGUCAUCUUCUAUGUGGUGUCAUACUGCGAUCAAGGUUCCCCCGAGCUUCACCAACUUGACCCACUGAUCGGAUCUUUUCGAAGCAGGUCACCAGGAAGCACUCAAGGUACACCUGAUUCCGAUCCAUGCCUUUCUAUUCUUCAUGUUUUACCUUAUCUGACUUUCAUUGUAAUCUUGUUUUCAGGCCGGUGUAUACUAUCACAAGGCCUUUUUUUGCAGCCGAGAAAGAAAUGAAGUUCCUGGCCAGCGACCGAGAUGACAGCCAGGUCCUUCUUUCUGCCGCUCGGAAGUUAGUGACCGAUCUCCAAGAGCAGGCCAAGGAGGGUGAGAAGGCCAAAGCUGCUCUGGCUGAGAUGCAGGAGAUAUCCCGUCGUCGCGACCGGGAGAUUAAAGAACUCCGGGCCAAGGUGCGAGCUGCUGAAUCUGCUGAGAUCAAAUUUGAUAAAGCUGUUGGUGACCAUCUGCCCGAACCCUACACGGUCAACACUUCCCAGAUUUCCCAUCAAUCGAUAGUGGAUUUUCAAUGGGGCAAGGGGCUGAACGUCGCUCUGGAAAACACGGGUCGGCAGUUUCUGGGUCCUCACCUUGGCCAAUUCUUUCGUGAAAGCGAAGAUCCUAUCAAGGCAGGGAUUGAUCUCCUGGAUAGCACCCCGGAAGGGAAAUAUUUCUUGGAUGACCUGACCGAGAAAACGGUGAAGCAAAGUCAGGACCUGCUUCUGGAUAGGAACCUUGACUUGAUCCUGGAGCAUUUCCCCAAGCCGUUUGACCCCGACGAAUUAGGCUUUGACGACUUGUUCGGGAAUACAUAUGAUCGCAUUAUGGAGAAAAGGUCCAAAGCAGCGCCUGGUGAUGCAGUGCAGGCAGGGAGCUCUCAACCUCCAUCCUCCCC